UUGGUUUCAGCCGCGGAAGAUCUUCCCAGUGUUAGUCACUAGGGGCCUGAACAGAAAACAGGAUCACUUGGAAGUGGAGUGACAAAGCAGCUGCUGAGCGUCUUCGGGAGAGAAAACAACAGGGUCUUUCAGAAAAACCAUGCCAUCCGGAUAUCCACUUCCAUGUUAGUGAGUCGGAGUCUAAAGAAAACCACUGCUGCAAAGGGAGGUCCAGGAUGAUUCCAAUGUUGAGUAGGACAUGGGGGAUUGUUAUGCCAUGUGGUGCCUUCACGGCUCAAGAACACGAGGAAGGCUUCAAAAGCCAGUCUCGCCAUGCUUCUGGAGGAAGUGCCAGUCGCAGUCGAUUCCUUCAACCAUGAUGGGGGUGUGCUCUUUUUUUGCAGCCAUGCCCAUGAAGACCAUUUGAAAGGAUUGAAUAAAAAGUGGCGCAAAGGUCCGCUUUUCGCCUCAGCCAUUACAAGACAACUCCUUCUGCUAAAGUGGCCCUCUUUGGAGAUCACUGCAUUGGAGCUUGGGCGAACCUACCAGAUUCCAUUGAUGGAUGGCUUGGAGAUCGAAGUCUACCUCAUAGAUGCAAACCACGUUCCGGGGUCCGUGAUGUUUCUCUUUUCCGGAUAUUUUGGAAGUGUCUUGUACACCGGGGAUUUCAGACUACAUGAAAAGCAUCAAGACAUUGCUUCGCUCGCACCUGUGAGAGACCUGGUUGGGCCUUUUUUGCAGGUGAACUUUGGGUCUUUUUCAAAGACAGGAGACAAAGGGCUCUCACGCAUCUAUUUGGACAACACCUUCUGCGACCCUCGCUUCCAACAGCCGAGCCGAGAAGACGUCGCAGCAGCUAUCUCCAAGCGCUUCCGGCGCAAAUGGCCCUGCAUCAUUUUCGUCGAGAGCUAUCGUUUGGGCAAGGAGACGCUACUGCUUCACCUGGCGCAGAAGUUGAGAAGCCGAGUUCUAGUCUCCGAAGAGAGGAAGAAAACCAUGAGGGCGUGUGGCUUUGAGAGUGACCAGGUGCAAAUUCAAAGCUGCGACCCCUUGCAGGCCUCCGAGGACUUGCUGCAGACGGAGGCCUUGAGGGGCUGCAUUUGGGCCAUCUCUCGGCAAAACUUGAGGAAAGGCAUGUGGCAGGCGAGCGAUUCGGGAUGUGCAUUCCAUGGUAUUCGUGCCACUGGCUGGGCUGAACAAGCCCGAAAGGAAGAGUCGAUGCCAAGCUGCGAAGACUUAGAUGAGAACCUGGUCGCGGUCAGUGAUGAUGGGGUGUUCCAUUACUUAUACUCAGAUCAUUGCUCCUUCUUGGAACUCGUGCAGUUCCUGCAGUUCCUCCCCAAAGCUCCAGUGACCUUCAUUUCUCCUGUGGGGUCAUCAGAGGGAACCUACAGCUUUGAUGGUGCGGAUGGCAUCCAAAAGCUCAUGGCCUCUGCCUCAGUGCCUUCCAUCCGCUACAGCGAGCGCCCCACCCGCUGCUUCGAGAAGACCAGCCUCCCCCGCGCCAAGCGGAAGGCGGAAGGUCCUCACGAGGAGGAUGGAUAUGAGCAGAAGAAGAGCGCAGGAGCGUGAACCAAUUCAAUGCACUCGAUGUGGUCAAUUUAGCACAUUAGCUAGUCUCAUGCAAUAGCUAGUUAGGGGAUGCGCAAGCAGCGCGAUAGCACGUUCGCGCGCGAACGUGCCCGUGAUUACGGGGAGCAGCUUUGCCAGGAAACAGGACAGGAUGGGCACCCUGCAGCCACCAAGAAGGAUACCUAGAAAGGCUGUAGUGGCCUAAAGUCCGACUAUAACUUGAGCG